CUUGCCUUCCCGUAUUUCUUUUCCUUCUUCUAUCAAUGAAUUCGCAUGUUUCUCGCGCUGAUUUAUCCUGAAUCGAGUUAGAGAUAAUGGAGACUGAAUCAUCUUCGUCUUCCAGUAAAUUCAAGCUCUAUGAGCAGCUGGAAUUGCUGGAAUUUAAGGAUAAGUACGUGAUAAAAUCUCUCGAAUAUCCCGAUCAAGGCUUCUCAAUUGACCGUAGUGAUGGGAAUAUUCAGCUGCUUAACGAUGAUACUUGUUCUGGAAGCCCAUGUCAAACCACUACAAUAUGUGGCGUGGUGGGAACAAUUCGACUGCUAGCUGGAAUAUAUGUACUAGUAAUUACUUCACGGAAGGAAGUUGGAACUUAUCUUGGUUUCCCUGUUUAUAGAGUAAUGUCUAUGAAGUUCUUGUCUUGCAAUGAGGCUCUGAAGAAUUCAAGUUAUCAAGAGAAAAAGGAUGAGGCUCACUUCAUGAAUCUAUUGAAAAUAGUGGAAGCAACCCCAGGGUUGUAUUAUUCUUAUGAAACAGAUAUAACACUGAACUUACAGAGGAGAUGUAAGUUAGCAGAAGGGUGGAUGGCUAAACCAACUUGGAAGCAGGCUGACCCUCGAUUUGUUUGGAACAAAAAUCUAUUGGAGGAACUUAUUGAGUACAAGCUUGAUGGGUUUAUCAUUCCUCUUUUACAAGGAAGCUUUGGAGUUGCUAAGUUAAAGCUAAAGGAUUCGCUUGCUACAAUAACAUUAGUUUCAAGGAGGUGUAAUCGGCGUCUAGGGACACGAAUGUGGAGAAGAGGAGCUAAUUUUGAAGGUGACACUGCCAAUUUUAUUGAAACUGAGCAACUGCUAGAAUUUGAAGAUUUCAGAUCCUCAUUAUUGCAGAUUCGCGGUUCAAUUCCUCUGCUGUGGGAACAAAUUGUUGAUUUGAGCUAUAAGCCACGGCUAAACAUUAUUAAUCAUGAGGAGACGCCAAAAAUUGUGGAGCGGCAUUUCUCUGGUCUAUUACAAAGAUAUGGAGAAGUUGUAGCAGUAGACUUAACUGACAAGCAUGGUGAUGAAGGUCAACUAAAUGCAGCAUAUGCAGCCGAAAUGCAAAAGCUUCCAGAUGUGAGAUAUUUUUCAUUCGAUUUCCAUCAUAACUGUGGCAACUCAAACUUUGAUAAUCUAGACGUUCUUUAUGAUCAGAUCUUGGAGGAAUUUGAAAAGCAAGGAUACCUCCUCGUAGAUGCAGAAGGGAACAUUAUACAGGAGCAGAAAGGAGUCAUUAGAUCUAACUGUAUUGAUUGCCUUGAUCGAACAAAUGUUACCCAGAGUUACCUGGCUCAGAAGUCUUUAAGUUUACAGUUGCAAAGGAUCGGGGUGCUAACUCCCACUGAGUGCAUUUCUAUGUUUAAUGAAGAAUAUCUUAAAUUCAGAGCAUUGUGGGCUGAGCAUGGUGAUGAGAUAAGCCUUGAAUAUGCUGGGACUCAUGCCCUGAAAGGAGACCUGGUUAGAUAUGGAAAACAGACCGUAUCUGGACUAAUCAAAGAUGGAAUGAGUGCUAUUUCAAGAUACUAUUUGAAUAAUUUCCAUGAUGGAGUUCGGCAGGAUGCAUUGGAUCUUAUAAGUGGCCACUAUACUGUCAACAGAAAUAAUCCUUCACCAUUCCAGCUUAAUGGAUUUGAAUCAUUCUCUUAUCUGCCAAUGGCAUCAGCUUUGUUAAUUGGAGGAUUGACAGUGACGACUAUAUCAGUCCAUCAAGUGGGGAGAAAUGCACAGCAAUAUCUAUCUUCUGUGGUCUGGGCUGGAGUGACUGCUGGAGUGUUGGCAAUGGUGAAAGCAAAUGGAAGGCAGUUCUGUUCUAGACCUCGACUCUGUGGCCUUCGUUAGAUUAUUCUAAGCCUUAAGCUUUGGUUGAGACAAUUUGAUAGCGUUUCGAAACCGCAUUGUUAUUUUUAUCACUCAAUAAUUACCAUUACUCUGUAAAUUAUUAGUCAACUUGUAUAUAUUGUUUUUAAUCGUAAAAAA